UUUCAAGUAGGCUAACGGUGUUGGCUAUUCACACCAAGAAGCUAAGAUAUUUUUUUCAGUUUAAGUAUUGAAUGUAGAUAGUAUAUGGAUAAACUCAAGUAAAAAAAACUAACUAAGUGCUUUUCGGGGGAAACUAAAGUUGGCUGUAAGUUUGAUCAAAUCGUAAUAAACUUUUAGAAAAUAAUAGGCCAUGUAAACCCCCCAUAUUUCUUGUAUAACUUAGUUUUGUACUGGUUUAGUAGGUCUGCCCUCGAUUAACUAGCUCUCGGGUUGAAUGAUAGCAAUUGUUCAUGCUUAAAAGACUUUAAUCAAUGCUAAGUCAAUUGGAUCCAACAAUGCUCAGUGUUGCGUGGAGAGCUCAGAAGUUACACGGGUAGCUAACAUUAGAAUUAAGUGUGCUGUAGAGUGGGCUAGGAUAAGAAUAGAUAGGUGUACGCGUUUUGUUGUUGUUUUUUUUUUAAUGUACACAAAGUUUGAACAAAGUACACUGCAUGAUAGGAUAAUAUAACCAUCAUCAAUAAGUGCUUUACAAAUUGAGCCCGAGGUCACCUCUUGAAGUGCGAAGACCAGGUUAGUAGUAACAGUGAGACAUUGUCUUUGAUUCCGAAGACUAAGGAUUGGAGCGGUAUUUCAGGUAACCAUGCACAUUCUGCCACAUCAGAGUGCUAAGUAAAGUUACUUUAAGACCCAACUGUUUUGGGAAGCACUCAUUGGGAAUCUUCAUAAGGGAUGCAAAUCUAUCGCAGCACUAGACACAAUAGGCAGAACUUCACAUUUCAACACCCAUGUCACCGAUUUCAAAAUAAAAAAAAAAAUUGACAAAGAAGGGAACUCUCCAACGGCUAACAGGAACAAAAAGAUUUGUCGAUGACAGAAAUUGAUUAGUUCGUUUUCCCGCGAGUUUUGACGUCACCGUCAUGUGAAUGCAAAUUUGUGUGAGUGAUGAUCAUUUGACAGGAUUUUUCGUACAGCAGGAAAUCGAAGAAUCACGAAAUAUAUUCGUAUCGACCCUCACGAUCGCUAUAGCUUUGCACUGAUAUGCACCGUUAGCACGAAGGAAACAAGGGUGAGACCGACGCUGGAUCAAUACUAGACCAAACAAUUUCGACUUAGUCAGUGAGAUAAAGGAUAUACUGUCACUUAAAUACAUGGAAAGAACGAUUCGAACAAAGCAUUGUUUAAACUGAAUGUGUUUGGAAGAGAGGGAUUUAAAUUACCUUUUUUAAAAGGACAAUAGUAGCAUUAAUAGUUUGUGAACUUUAGGCAUAAGUAUAUGCAUUGUUAAUGAAGAUAGACAUCGGUCUGUAUAUCAACAAGUCUGGAAAAGAAAAAAAAAGUCAGACCAAUAACAGUGGCUAGAAGCAAUCAAUAUGCCGUCUGGUAUUAAAGAAACGAAGUCUUUGCCAGCAAUACUAAUCAAUCUUAAGGCCAUGACGUCUUUCCAGUCAAGUGAGGGUCAGUCAGCAGCGAAAACACUCGCGUCCGCAGAGAAGUCAAACUAUGAGCUGAAACUCCAUGGAAACAAAAUCCUCGACUCCCGCUUCAAUUCAGCGAGGGCUAGGAGUUCGUCGAUCUCGAGCACAGCCUCGGUCAAAGUCAAAGGGGCUAAAGAAAACGCAAGGACCGCCUCUCAGUUGAGUCGCUCCUCUUCGCUCUUAAGCCUAGGAGCCUCUGCUCCUCCUCUUCGAGGAAAGAAGAAGAAGAGGCGUGAGGCUGAGUACGCUGCGCAGAAGCUAGCCAGGCAGAAACAAGAAAUGGCAGAUCUGUACAGAGGAACACCUGUAACUAACCAACGGGCAACAUCGGGAGAAAUCAUUCGAUUCUUAUAUGAGCUGUGGGUGCCUCAACUAUCUGCUAACUACCGCAAAGAUGUUCCUGUGACAACAAGUUGUCGACAAGAUUUGAGAAAUGUUCGAAAGAUUGCGCAGACGACACCCAGGCGCGUGCGGAAACUUCAUCGCGCCAAGUUGAUCAUUGAAACCUGCCACGAAAUUGCCAAACCCAGCGGUGUGGAUAGUCUGGGUUCUUCUGUGGUAACACUUAGUGUAGGAUAAAAGUUGGAUGUGACGUAGCCUGUGGUGACAUUGUAGGAUAAAAGUUGGAUGUGACAGUCUGUGGUGACACUUAGUGCAGUAUAAAAGUUGGAUAUGAAAUUUAACUCACAAACAUAUGUUUACUUAUAAUUUGGAAGUUUUGCUGUGUGGUUAAAUAUUGCAAAAGAAACUAAAUUGUCGUUACUCUACACUAUCAUGAAACUGUUACACCACAGUGUUGGGGUAGGAAGAUAUUUGAAUAUAUAUGUCAACAUUGCACAGUUCAAUUCAGACUCCAUACAAAAGAACGCGAGAAAAAAAAAGGAAUGACUAAAUUAGUAGCCGAUGUGCUGGGUUUUUAAAGGAAAUUAUAAUUUGUACAUUAAUAUUUAUAUUUGUGACAAAACUUUUUAAAGGCUACUUAGUGAAUAUAUUAUCAUUGUAAGUGAUCAUUACAAUAUUUGUAUUACAAGAAUGUUUAGAUUAUAACAUUAAUGCUGCAAUGUCUACAUUAUAAUAACGUUAGUGCAUUAAUGUCUACUUAAUAUUAGCAUAUAGAUUUGGUGAUGUAAAACAAAUUCUUAAUUAGGUUCUUGAUUUAUUAGUAGUAGUGCAUUUAUUUAUUUUUUUUAAAUUAUAUAUAAAUAGAAGUGCAGCAAUAAAUUAAUAAGAUAAAAGUCAUACAAGAAAUGUUUUUGUUUAAAUCUUAAUACUCUAGACAUAAGAGAAAACAAAAUAAAGAAAAUUGUAUAUGCAUUAAUGAUUUGAU